GCUGUAGACAAAAAUGAAUUCGAGCCCAAUUUGUCUAUUUGCGGCUUGAUUUUGAGAAUUUGUGGUCGUAAGGAGGAUAGACUUUUGAUAGAGAGGAAAUUCGAAAAAGGCCAUGGAGCUUUCCAGAGCCUUCUGUUCAGUACAUUUUCUACUUCAGGGCAUUUGAGGAUAUAUGUUGGCAUGUUGCUGAUGAGUAGUCCUUUAGUGCCUCGAGUUUCAGGAAUGUUCUGCAGUUUCGGCUUAAUGGUAGAUAUUUUGAGGCUAAAGAUUUGCUCCACAUUUGUUCGCAUGAUAUUUGUAAACAUGACACGUCCGACAAAAGUCUCGGAGUUGUGUUUUCAAGUUUACGCAUACAAGGUUAUCAGCAUUAAG